AUGGCGCACCGCGCGGCGGGCCCCGCCGCGCUGGCCGGCCACCGCGCCGUGCGUGUCCCCUUCGGUGCGCUGCGGCACGCAGCGCAGCGGGGGGUGGCCGUCCGCGCGUACCCCUUCAACGACAUCGAGAAGAAGUGGCAGCAGUACUGGGACGAGAACCAGACGUUCCGCACUCCAGACAUUUCCGAGCUGGACACGAGCAAGCCCAAGUUCUACGCGCUUGACAUGUUCCCGUACCCGUCCGGCGCGGGCCUGCACGUCGGGCACCCCGAGGGGUACACCGCGACGGACAUCAUGGCUCGCUACAAGCGCAUGACGGGCCACAACGUGCUGCACCCCAUGGGCUGGGACGCGUUCGGCCUCCCCGCCGAGCAGUACGCGAUCCAGACGGGCACGCACCCCGCGGUCACCACGCAGAAGAACGUCGACCGCUUCCGCGAGCAGCUCAAGGCGCUCGGCUUCAGCUACGACUGGGCGCGCGAGGUGAACACGACGGACCCGGGGUACUACAAGUGGACGCAGUGGAUCUUCCUGCAGCUGCUCAAGGCCGACCUGGCGUUCCGCGCGGAGGUGCCCGUGAACUGGUGCCCCGCGCUCGGGACGGUGCUGGCGAACGAGGAGGUCAUCGACGGGCUGUCGGAGCGCGGGGGCCACCCGGUGGUGCGCAUGCCGAUGAAGCAGUGGAUGCUCAAGAUCACCGAGUACGCCGACAAGCUGCUCGACAACCUCGAAGGGCUGGACUGGGCGCACUCCACCAAGGAGAUGCAGCGGAACUGGAUCGGCAAGUCCGAGGGCGCGGAGAUCGUGUUUGAGGUCGAGGGCGUGGACGCGGAGCCGCUGCGGGUGUUCACGACGCGCCCGGACACGGUGUUUGGCGUCACGUACGUGUGCGUGGCCCCGGAGCACCCGCUGGCGGAGAUGGCCCCGGACGCGCACAAGGAGGCCGUGAAGGCGUACGUGGACUCCGCAGCCCGCAAGUCGGACAUGGAGCGCACCCAGCUGCAACAGGACAAGACGGGGGUGUUCACAGGGCUGUUCGCGGUCAACCCCGUGACGGGCGAGCGCGUGCCCGUGUGGGUGGCGGACUACGUCCUCGGUUCGUACGGCAGCGGCGCGGUCAUGGCGGUGCCGGCGCACGACACGCGCGACUUUGCGUUUGCGGCGGCGUACGACCUCCCUGUGCGCCGCGUGGUGGAGGGCGGCGAGCUGCCGUUCACGGACGAGGGCGUGGCGUGCGCGUCGACGAACGGCGCGGGCCUGGACGUCGACGGCCUGGCGACGGAGGUGGCAAAGAAGGCGGUGGUGCAGUGGCUGGAGGAGCACAACGCGGGCAAGGCGCAGACGAACUACAAGUUGCGCGACUGGCUGUUCGCGCGGCAGCGGUAUUGGGGCGAGCCGUUCCCGGUGAUGUACGUGGGCGACGACGAGGAGCUCGUGCCAGUGCCGGAGAGCGACCUCCCCGUCGCGCUGCCUGAGACGGACGUGAUCAAGCCCUCGGGGACGGGCGAGUCCCCCCUCGCGAACCUCACGGAGUGGGUCAACACCACGGACCCUGACGGGCGCCCCGCGCGGCGCGACACCAACACCAUGCCGCAGUGGGCCGGGUCGUGCUGGUACUACCUGCGCUACAUCUCCCCGGGCUACACCGGCGGGCCUGUCGACCCCGAGGCCGAGAAGUACUGGAUGCCGGUGGACCUGUACGUGGGCGGCACAGAGCACGCAGUGCUGCACCUGCUGUACGCGCGGUUCUGGCACCAGUUCCUGUACGACCAGGGCGUCGUGUCGACGAAGGAGCCCUUCCAGAAGCUGGUGUCGCAGGGCAUGAUCCUGGGCGAGACGGAGUACACCGCGUACAAGAGGGACGGGGCGUGGGUGUCCGCGACGGACGACGCGGCCACGGACGGCGCGGAGGCGGUCCGCGUGGACGUCGCGGACGUCGAGAAGCAGGGCGAGCACUUCGUUCUGAAGGAGGACCCGUCGGUCCGCGUGUCGGCCCGCGCGCACAAGAUGUCCAAGUCGCGCGGCAACGUGAUCAACCCGGACGACAUCAUCGCGCAGUACGGCGCCGACUCGCUGCGCCUGUACGAGAUGUUCAUGGGUCCGCUGCAGGAGACCAAGGUGUGGUCCACGGAGAGCGUCGGCGGCGUGUACCGCUUCCUGGGGCGCGUGUGGCGGCUGUUCAGGGAGGACCCGGGGCUGGACGACGACGAGCCGACCAAGGAGCAGCUGCGCGACCUGCACACGUGCAUCAAGCGCGUGACGGAGGAGACGGAGGACAUGCGCUUCAACACGGCGAUCUCCGCCAUGAUGGAGCUGGUCAACGCCGCCUACAAGUGGCCCAACCGGCCGCGCAAGGCGCUCGAGCCGCUCGUGCUGCUGCUCUCGCCGUACGCCCCGCACAUCUGCGAGGAGCUCUGGGAGAGCCUCGGCAACACGGGCAGCAUCGCGCACGCGGAGUGGCCGCAGGUCGACGAGUCCCUUUUGGUGGAGGACGAGAUCACGAUGCCGGUGCAGUUCAACGGGAAGAAGAAGGGGACGGUGACGGUGCCGGCGGACGCGACGGAGGAGGUGGUCAUGGCGGCCGUGCGCGCGGACGAGAGCGUCGCGAAGUUCAUCGACGGCGACGUGAAGAAGGUCAUCUACGUCCCGGGCAAGAUCCUGAACAUCGUCGUCGCCAAGGCAAAGGCCAAGUCCGCCGCGUGA